AUGGGAGAUCUUAUUUCCUUAUUUUGGGAGAUGGAUCCUCCUCCCAAACCUUUAACUCUUACCAUUCCAAAUCAAGAUUAUGAAUGCCGGAAGGAUGACUCUUGUGGGGCAGUGGGGAACUUUCUGUUUUGGUAUUUUGUCGUUAUCUUGAUGCUGUUGUUUUUCUCUAGGACUGCUGUCUGGAUGUCUGAGAAAAACAAAAAAGAUGAAGACAGUGGGACAAGCACUUCAGUAAGUAAAGCAAGCAAAGAUGCGUCCUAUAAGCAGCACCAUAAAGAUGCUCUCUGGGACGCUCUACAAAUGAUGAAGAAAGCAAAGCAUAUCCAACUGGCCCCUGUCAGUGACUCAGAAGUGGCGUUGGUCAAUGCCUAUCUUGAACAAAGACGAGCCAGGUGCGAUUCUCAACUCAACCAGAGGGAUCAGAUCCAACCUGAAAGUGAUACUACUGAGUGUGACAGUGAAGAGUCAGACUCAGGACCCUCUUCAUGGAAAGAGAGUGCCAGUGAACAGCAGCCAUCACCAGCCAGUAUCAAGAGGAGGAAAAUAGUCCAGAGGCAAAAGAAUCUGGGAAGUCACCAAAUCAGGGAAAGGCCCUGCCUCCACUGCAAAGCCAUAAGAACCAAUGAAUGGUUGACACGUCACUUCCUUCCAAACCCUUCAGUAGCAACCCCACAGAAGGGAGAUCCUCAAGAGGAAAAUGCUGUGCCUGACAUUAAUACAAAAUUCAGUAAAUUUUAA